AUGCCAAAAUCACCUUCAGCAAAAACAAACAAACCAACAAGCCCAAAUCUUACAAAACCACAACCUCCAUUCAAGAGACAAGCAAUUCCGUUGCCGGAAAACAUUGAACUUUUAAGUUGGAAGAGAGGAAUUAAUUCAAACAAUUAUAUUUCUAACGGUGAUAAUUUUUGGUCUUUCCGUUUUGAAGAUGGUUUGUUAACAUUAACAAACUAUCCGAUGAGAACUGAUGAUGACGACCAUCAAGUGGUUGAUAUUUCCGGUGGCAGUAAAGUCGUAGGUAAAUUGAUGACUGUUGCCCAUGUUGCUACUGAUCCUAAAAGUGUCAAUCAGGUUAUUGGAGUAACUGUAUUGACAAAUAGUGGUGUUAAAAACUUGGUUUUGCGCUUUGGUGAUCUUCUAACAAGUGAGUUUACAAAGGAGAGCGGAUUUGACCGCUCCCACUGUAAGAGGGUUGAUAUUUUUGUAAAACAUUGGAAUAGUUAUUUAACAGAACAAAUGCAAAAUGAGGGUGAUGACGAAGCAUCUAAAGAUAAGACAACCCCAAGCAGGGAUAAAAAGUCAAAUCCAUCAAUUUUUGAUGAUGAAGAUGAGAAUGAGGAUGAUGGUGUUAGUAAACAACUCAACUUUACUCAAGAGGACGUUCAAGAUUUUAAUUCCUCUAAAGAAACACCAUCAGUUUCGAAGCUUAAGAUCAAGAAAAAACCAAGAGCUUCUCUUACUUCCUCUUCUUCCUACGUUGUAAAAGGUUCAAUGUCAACCUCUAAAAUUGCCUCCAUCAUUGUACCUAAAACAGACACACCUACCAACAAGAAAGAUUUAGAGCUUGGUAGGACUGGAGAAAUAAUCAAACAAUUUGGUUUUCCUGCUAGUGUCUCCAUUAAGGUAACAAGAAUUAAAGUUCCAGAGUCAUCCAUAGCUGUUCGUGAAAUCAGUUUAGAGCAUGUAAAAUCAAUUGUUGAUGAGAUUAGAGGUGGUGGAAAAGCGUUGAGCUCCGAAGUUGGUUUGGUUGAGAUGAAAGUCGCUCCAAACAGUUCUGCUUCAGUGACUAUCAAAAAUCUUGUACAAAAGUUGAAAAGAGAGAAUAGGGACGAAGAUGCAAUAAUGGAAGAAUUGCAAGAAUUAAUUGAGAACGAUGAAGAAAACAUCGAACUGUUUGUGCAUGGUAGUACUCAUUAUACCCUUGCAUUAACAGCUGCUUUUCAACAAUUACCUCAGAUUGAAAGGACAUCUGAAAACACACCUAGACAUGACUAUUAUGUUGUAUUCAAUAUCCCAGAUCAUGAGUUAUUGCAAUUAGCAACAAUGCACAAUACAAACGUCAAACAAUUAGCUAUGGAUUUCCCUUCAAUACUUAUUAACGUGAGAAGAACCUUAAAAUUCUUUCUAACGAAAUAUCCUAACUCUGUAAUGUACGUUAACUCAGAUGGAAUAGAAGAGAGGAGACUUAUUAGAUUUGUGGAAGGAGGAGCAAAGCUUUUUAAAAGCGAAAUAAUUAAGGUAUUUGGUCUCAAUGAAAACUCAGCAAUACACUAUCAGACUCUAUCAUUUUGGUCUCAUAGAUGUUGGGAUAGGCUUGUUGAAAUUGCUAAAACUAAAAAGAAGAAUAGUAAUACUCCUUUACUUAAAAGUUUAGCUACUUUUAUUACAAAGGUUGGUAGUUGCAAAGGUAUUCCUGAAGAAGAGAUAUAUUAUUCGCUUGAGCAAUUCUUGAAUUUUGGUAACAUUCAAAGUAUGGUUAAUCAUAUCAAUCAUACCAAGUGUGUAUUAUUUGGAUUUAGCGAAAUUACAAAGUAUUUUUCUGAAAUACCUGAUUUAAAAGGAAUGGCAAAGAGACUUCCAAACAUUUACAAAGCAUUAGUUAGUGAUUCAAUGCACGACUCAGAAUUGAAACAAGUAGAAGAAAAAACAUUGUCAUUCACUUCCACCGACUUGUACUUAAAUAUUAGAAGAGAGUUAAGUGGAAACCCUAAAACUUCUUCGACUACAGAUGUAUCAUUUCCAGUUGUGACAGAACAGUUGAAAGUAGAACGAAAUGGUUAUUCGGCAAUAUUAUUAUAUGGAGAUGUUUUGGAGUUAGCAAACAUCUUUCCAAAGAAAGUAUCGUAUGAUUUAAUGAUUUGCGAUUUGCCAUAUGGUGUUUUUAAAGAUUCCCCUUAUGAUGUCUUAUUUACUGAUGACCAAUUGAAAGAGUUUAUUGACAAUUUAUACCAAAUCACUCCAGACACGAAUUUUCCAACUUGGAUCUUCUUUGGGGAGUAUAAGCAAAUUGUAAAGCUUCAAGAAUUAAUUGAACUAAAGAAAGGCAAUGCAGUUAUAUGUAUUUGGGUGAAAAAUGGUCGUCAAUUUGGUGCAAACUUUGGUACGUAUAAGUAUGAAAGCUUCCUUCUUUGCUUCCCCAACAAGCAAGUGAAUAUCAAGCCACAGGGUUUCAGUUUAUCACCAUUCAGUAUUUGCUUUCCAUCAGAGACUAACUUUUUGAAAGACUCCAACUCAAGAGAGUGUAACAAGGGUCAGAAGCCUCUUUCUUUAAUUUCGUGGCUUGUUUAUCAAUUUUCCAACGUUGACGGUAUUGUUCUUGAUUUAUGUUCGGGAACUGCCACCACAGCAGUAGCUGCAGUUAGUUAUGGUAGAAAUUCGAUCAGUUUAGAAAGUAAUCAUGGCCAAUUCGAACACGCUGCAGAACGACUCAAAUUAUCAGAAUUUGAGAAGGUAAAUUUUGAACCCUUAGUUGUUUGUACAGUAUCUGAAGACAAGGAAAAAAAGGAAAAAAAGAAAUCUACAAAAAGAAAAACAGCACCCACCAAGAAAACACCGAAAAAAGCAAGCAAAAAGAAAAAAACUGAAACACCUUUAAAGGGAAGUAAAAUGCAAUCGAAAAAGGCAGAGGAAAUUGCGAUGAAAUACAUAGACAGCGAAGCAGUAGAAAUGGCAUCUGAUGAAGAGAAUGUCAGCGAAAAAGAUGAGGAAGAAGAUGAUGAAGAAUAG